AUGUUGGGCUGCAAGAACAUUGGGAAUCUCUUUAGUGCUGAGAGGGAAGGAGUAUUUCUGUACGUGGCAGCCCGAAUUGCGGGGGGAACAUUGUAUCAAUGGGUAAUACUACGUACACCGGACCGGAGCCGACGAGACGCAGAUGCUGCUGCUGCUGCUGCACUAAAGUCAGCCACCGGGGUUACUGGUCUCUGCCAGGCCGCUUCUCGGCCGGAUGCUGGCCAGGCUGUCGCUGGAGUUCGCCCAAACAACGCAAGCUUGAGCCCUGUUGCGGCCCAGGCCCCUGCUGGAUUGCUGGCACCUGGGUCGGCGGUUGGCUUGCGGCCGAAGGUGCGGAUGGCAGGAAUGCGGCCGCGCACGCCUGAAAGCGACGCCAGGUUCUGCGCCGUUGCUGGCCUAAACCAUGGCUGCUUUGGCUGGCGGCUUCAGAGGAUUUCUUUUUCUUGGUGCUUCCUUGGCCCAUGGCUCAAGCAGCACGAACCCUCGAGUGCUGGAAAAGUCAUGUCGGCGCGCCAGUUGUCGAGAACAAUUGGCGGCGUUAUUGAGAUGCACUAG